GAGCUGCAGCGGGAGGUGGAGGAGCUGCGCUCGGAGAACGAGUACCUCAAGGAUGAGCUGGAUGAACUUCGGGCUGAAAUGGAAGAAAUGCGUGACAGCUAUUUAGAGGAAGAUGUUUACCAGCUGCAGGAGCUCCGGCGAGAGCUGGACCGGGCAAACAAGAAUUGCCGCAUUCUGCAAUAUCGUCUCAGGAAAGCAGAACAGAAAAGCUUGAAAGUUGCACAAACAGGCCAUGUGGAUGGAGAGCUCAUUAGGAGCCUGGAACAAGAUUUAAAGGUAGCCAAAGAUGUUUCUGUCAGACUGCACCACGAGCUGGAGAGUGUGGAGGAGAAGCGUGUGAAAGCAGAAGAUGAAAAUGAAGUCCUUCGGCAGCAAAUCAUUGAGGUGGAGGUAUCCAAGCAGACGCUGCAAAAUGAGCUGGACAAGUUAAAAGAGUUGCCUGAUCCUCCGUGUGGCUGGUGCCUGGGGCAGAUGCAUGGUGCUUCCCUACUUACAGAUAUAUCAGCUGCAUGUUACUGUCCCUCUUCUACUCUUCUUUGGAGCAUUUGCUAG